AGAUCCCCCUGCUUUGCCGGGCGCCGAGAACUAUGAACAAGCAGGGCAAUCGAAGGACAACAAAAGAAGGAUCCAGUGAUUUGAAAUUCCAGAACUUCAGUCUGCAGAAAAAUAGGUCGUGGCCUCACAUCAGCAGUCCCGCAGGUCAGUACCAGGCUAUUAAGGAGCCUCUUCUGGAUUGCGAAAGGAACUUUGCUGCUGCCCCAGAUGGAGCAAAAAGCUACAGUGAUGACGACUACGAGGACCCCAAACUCCUCAGAGCAGAGAGGUGGCGAGCCGUGAGGCUCUUCCCUGCCAGGCCCGCCAAGGAACCGGAAUACGCAGAUACUCGCUGUUUCAGGGGGGUGACGGACAGGUCCCUUCCCCGUGACGGCACGACCUCUAUCCCCAUGGAGAGACAGGCCUGGAUCAGUCAGAUGAGGCUGGAAGAUGUGGACAAGCCCAAUUCCCAGGACCUCAGGAGCCACCACGUCAAAGGGGACGCACCCACAAAGGGAAGCAAGACGCCUUUACCCCCUCCCCGGCCUCCCGUCACCCUUCCAAAGAAGUACCAGCCCCUGCCCCCCGAGCCGGAGAGCUGCAGGCCCUCCUGUCCUCUGAGACACACCUUCCCGGAAGCCCAGGGGAGGGCCAGACAGAUAAACCUAAAGAACUUAAGUGAGGUCCUUGGAGCAGAGAAAGUUCCUCCUCGCCAGGGGAAACCUGAGUCGUCUUGCCUGUCGCAGAACCAAAAUACUCAAGCGGUGCCUGUUGCAAUUACCAGCUCUUCAUUCCUGACGAGCAACGACAGCGCCCAGAAGUGGGAUCAUCAAGAAACCAUGCGGUUCCAUUCUCCGCAGAGAUGUCCUUCCCCAGCCAGCCACGACUACCACAACAAUUUGUUGUGCUAUAAAAACACAAGCUGGAGAAGACCUUCCCCGGCAAGAUCUGAGGACAAGUGGGAUGUGCCCCACAAUGAGUGGUACAUUGGAGAAUACAGCCGCCAGGCAGUGGAAGAGGCGCUGAUGAAGGAGAACAAGGAUGGCACUUUCUUGGUCCGAGAUUGUUCCACCAAAUCCAGAGCAGAGCCCUACGUUCUGGUGGUGUUUUAUGGGAACAAAGUCUACAACGUGAAGAUCCGCUUCCUUGAGAAGAACCAGCAGUUUGCCCUGGGGACAGGACUCAGGGGAGAUGAGAAGUUCAACUCGGUGGAGGACAUCAUCGAACACUACAAGUAUUUUCCCAUCAUACUGAUUGAUGGCAAAGACAAAAGCGGGGUCCGCAGGCAGCAGUGCUACCUGGCCCGGCCCCUCCCGCUCGGCCGGCUCCGCCCUGCGUGGUAG